ACAGCAAAGCCAAAAGCACAAGGUAAAAGUCGCUAAUCUUCUCCUUCUAGUUAUUUCCAGGAAUGGUGAUAAGAAUUCUGAUUUUCUCGAAAUUUGAAAAAAAAAUGUUUGUUUCGUUUUUCUUGUUACACGAAAUGCGUCAUUCUCUGGAAAGUUGUUAAUUGAAUUUUUUUUUUUUUGGGGGUUCGAGUUCGUUACUGUUGAGGGAAUGGCGUCUAUGGAGGGUUUGGAACCCAUAACCGUUUCCCCACAAAAACAAGACCCGGGUUGGAAACACUGUCAGGUUUUCGUGAAAAACGAUGAAAACUCAAAUGGGGUUGUUAAUAAGGUUGAGUUAAAGAAGUGUCUUUAUUGUGGUAAGAUGUUUCAGGGCGGUGGGAUUCAUAGGCUCAAAGAGCAUCUUGCCGGUCGGAAGGGCAACGGUCCGAUUUGCGACCGGGCCCCCGAGGAUGUUCGGAUUGCUAUGCAGCAGCAUUUAGAGAAUAACCUUGCUGUCAAGAGGCAGAAAAAGAAGCAAACCCUUGUUGUUGUUAACCAGGGUUCUAGUGAAUUAGAUGACUACUCAUUGUCCAACCGAAUUUCCGAUUCGGCUUUGGUGGUUCGUGGAGGAGAUGUCGGGAUUAGUAGUAGGAGUGUGGAUAUGGAUGGAGUUUUGUUGGGGACAUUGAGAAAUUCUCUUCCAGUUUCUUCUGGCGGCGUUGAUGUUGUUAAAGGUGUUGAGUUUAGUGAUAAUGCGCUAUUGGAACCGAGUGGAGAGCCCGAUUCGAAAUUUUCCUUUAGUCACAAAGAAGAUGUUGGAAUGAGUGUGGAGAGAAGAUUUAGGUUGAGAGAUGUAAAUUCUUCGAUAGAAAAUAUUGGUGCCGGUUUUGCUAGUAAUGUUACUAAAUCAAGUCACAAUCCAGCUGGUAUUACUCUUAGAGAAAAUUCAAAUUCAUUUGCUGAACACGCUCAACAAAGAUUGCCGCUGGUUUCUCUUCCCCAUUCAGAUGUUUUGGUAAAUCGGGAAGAAGUCAAAAUUGGUAAUCCAAGUGCCACUAAAAGGAAGAGAUUAAUAGAUGAAAAUUCUUAUGCUGGUGAAGAAGCUGGUAUCCUUAGUAAUGACCUUGAAUUGGAAAGGAUUAAUAGUCAACGACGAGUUCAUGUGGCUAUAGGGAGAUUUUUGUACGAAAUUGGGGCGUCUCUGGAUGCAGUUAAGGAAUCAGUUUAUUUCCAACCGAUGAUCGAUGUAAUUGCGUCAGGGAGUUCAGGGGUUAUAGCACCCUCAUAUCAUGAUCUCCGUGGUUGGAUACUGAAGGAUGUGGUUGAAGAAGUGAGAAAUGACAUUGAUCAGUGUACAGCACGAUGGGAAAAAACCGGUUGUUCUCUUUUAGCCAGCCAAUGGAACUCUGGAAAAGGUAGAAGCUUCCUCAACUUUUCAGUAUAUUGCCCUGAAGGAACAAUUUUCUUAAAAUCCGCGGAUGUCUCAGACAUUAUACAGUCUCCUGAUGCUUUGCACAAUUUGUUUCAACAAGUAAUUGAAGAAGUUGGAGUUAAACAUAUUUUACAAGUUAUAACAAACAGUGAAGAGCAAUAUAUUGUUGUUGGGAAAAGAUUGAUGGAGACUUUCCCUACCCUCUACUGGUCUCCUUGUGCAGCUCACUGCAUAGAAUUGAUGCUUGAGGAUUUCGGCAAAAUUGAGUGGAUAAAGUCGGCAAUUGAACAAGCGAAAUCCGUUACAAGAUUCAUCUACAAGCAUACUGUAGUUUUGAAUAUAAUGAGAAGGUAUACGUUUGGCAUUGACAUUGUUAGGCCUGGAGAAUGUCUCUGUAUUACUAACUUCAUGACAUUGAAACAAAUAGCUGAUUUGAAACUUAAUUUGCAGUCCAUGGUUACUUCACAGGAGUGGAUGGGCUCCUCUCAUGCAAAUACAGUGGAAGGGUUGGUGUUGCUAGAUACAUUAACUAAUCGUUCAUUUUGGUCUUCAAUUAUCUUGAUCAACCGUUUAACAGAUCCACUAUUGCGAGCAUUGAACAUUGUUGGUAGCAAGAAGAGGGCUGCAAUGGGAUAUGUUUUUGCAGGGAUAUAUCGAGCAAAAGAAAUGAUUAAGCGAGAGCUUCCUAAAAGAGAAGAUUAUAUGUUCUACUGGAAUAUUAUCGAUUGCAGGUGGAAAAACUUGUGGCACCAUCCUCUUCAUACUGCGGGUUUCUACCUUAACCCCAAGUUCUUUUAUAGUGUUGAAGGAGACGUGGCUAACAGCAUCGUGUCUGGAGUGUUUGACUGCAUCGAAAGGUUCAUUUCCGAUAUAGAAGUUCAAGAUAGAAUUGUCAAAGAGAUAAACUUGUACAAAGAUGCUGCUGGAGAUUUGGGGAGGAAGUUAGCAAUUAGAGCCAGAGACACUCUUCUUCCUGCUGAAUGGUGGUCUACGUAUGGAGGUGGUUGCUCUUUUUUGUCUCGUUUUUCUGUUCGUCUUCUCAGUCAAACUUGCAGUUUAGUUCAUCACAAAUCAAAUCAAAUUCCCUUCGAACAAUUGCACGAGACACGGAACUGUUUAGAGCAUCAAAGGCUUAAUGAUCUUGUCUUUGUUCAGUACAACUUGCAACUGAGACAAAUGUCUAAUAGGACCAAAGUGCUGGAAUAUGCAGACCCUUUAUCAUUUGACAGGAAAAGUGUUGUUGAAGACUGGAUCAUGGAGAAGGAAGUAAAUUUAGAGGACAUUAGGUCUGCGAAUUGGAUGUCAGUUGAUCCGCCUUCCGUUAACUCGAUGCUUUUAGAACUUUCGAAUGAAGAAGCUGAAGAUUUGCGUGCAGGUUUUGAUGAUUGCGAGAUUCUUAAUGGAUUGAAGGAGGUCAAGGAGGAAGUCAUUAACAUGAUGCAGUAAAUUGUUACUAUUAUUUUUUUUGCUAAUGGUAGUAAAUUAAUUAGUAGGGCAACAUCCAGAAAGCAUGAUACUGACUUCAUAUGCUGUCUUUACGGAGUGGUACAUAGAGAGAAGCAAGAAAGCUCUAUAUAUAUUUUUCCUUUGCUUAAAGA